AUGGUGACGUCAGGCUAGGAGGAACCGCUGCCUGGUUUUGUGGACUCUGUUUCUGGGAGCGUCUCCAGUCCCCUGCAGUUCCAGCUCCGUGUCCUGGUUCCGGUUCUGGUCCUGGUCCUGGUUUUCUCCUGAAGCUCCAAACUCCUGUCUUCUCAACAUGUUUCUGACCAAGAGUUUGAUCGGUGGCAUCACCAACAUUGUGAGCAACAUCAACCCGUCUCAGUUCAGACCCUCAGACCCACCGCCGCCACGUCGACCUCUGAACUACGGCGAGGCUCACGAGAACGAUGAGGAGAAGCAGUUCAGGAAGGUCUUCCAGCAGCUGGCCGGAGACGACAUGGAGGUGAGCCCCACAGAGCUGAAGGACAUCCUGAACAGAGUCAUCUCUAGACAUUCGAACCUGAAGACUGACGGCUUCAGUAUUGAGUCCUGCAGGAGCAUGGUUGCUGUGAUGGACAACGACAGCACAGGGAAACUGGGCUUCCAUGAGUUUAAGUAUCUGUGGAACAACAUCAAGAAGUGGCAGAACAUCUACCUGUCCCACGAUAAGGACCGCUCGGGAACGAUUGGCUCCGGGGAGCUGCCGCACGCCUUCCAGGCUGCAGGUUUCCCUCUGAACGACCAGCUCUACAAACUCAUCAUCCGCCGCUACAGCAACGAGAAUGGAGACAUGGACUUCGAUAACUUCAUCGGCUGUCUGGUGCGGCUGGACGCCAUGUGCCGAGCGUUUAAGACCCUGGAUAAGGACAACAGCGGCGCCAUCGACCUGGACAUCAAGGAGUGGCUCCAGCUGACGAUGUACUCCUGAAGCAGCGAAAGGAAUACUUCUUCUGCUCUUCCUGGUUUUCUCUCUACAGCCAUAGAAAUGGGACCAACUGAACAAAACGUUUUUUCUCUGGGACCAAAGAAGAGUUGGUGCAGUUUUGCUUCUGCUGCCAGGUGGCACUAUAACAUCUCUGUUACACUGAUGUCUGUAUUUGAUUUGAAAGAUCUUCAUGCCGAGUCUGGAAAAAUUCUCAAUGUUUUAAAGUUUUAAGUGACCCAACUGGAAAUAAACUCUUAAUUCUU